ACUUCCACUUGUUUGAAUAAUCUGACAAUUGCUUGUUCUUCUGAGCAAAGUUUGAUGUCUACUCUAGACAUUGGUACAGUGAUAACAAAGCUGGCAGCAAACAGCUGCCUAACUUAAUAUUGUUAGUUAAACUAACAAACAUUUGAAAAUCAAGAGGGAGGAUGUGUUACUGGAAAGAAUUAACACAGUGUGGCCAGCUGUUUGUCAGUGGUUUGUCAAAAAUGUGUAACUAACUUACUAUUUACAUCCAGUGUCUGACAAGAGGUUUUUUUUGUGGCUAGUCGCUAUCAACUUUGAAAAACCCUGCCAUGACAGCGUUACAAUGAUGAGAAAUUUAGUAAUCUUUUAAUAGUAGGAGGUAAUUGGCAUUGCACCUUCAGUUUAAAACUCUAUGGAUGAUGACAUUUAAUCAGUGCAAUGAUUCAUGUUUCAAACGUGAUUGCGCCAGCAGUAUUUGCUUUCCCAAGCCCAACAGCAGUAUCCCAGUCUUGCUUCCUUCUCAGGAAGCAAGAUGAAGCUGUUCACUAUUUUAAACGGUGAUAACUACCAUUGAUUUUUUUUUCCAUCUGUUAUCAUUGGAGGUAUACAGCCCCUACAUUUGGACUUUUCCCUGCUCAGCACCUAUAUUUAGAUUCUGUAGGCUUCAGCCACAUGCUCAUUCCAUCCAGUAAAGAACAGUGAUAUGGGUGCACAUUGUGAUCUAAAAAGACCCCACUGAACGUAGCUCCUGUACUCAAUAAUACUGCUCCAGUUCACCAGACUUUUCUUUAGGUUAGAGAUUUUCAUAUAAAGUCAAGGACACAUUAAGGUUAGCUCCAUGGAAAGCACUUUUUCCUAAAGCAAAAAGUGAAAACUAUCAAACUUUUGUCUGUUCCUCUGGGAGAAAUACAAAGUACCUUGGGGGAUUAAAUUUUAAAUACUAGAGGUGUUUGGGCCAGUGUAUUUUAAAGAUGUAUGGUUCUCAAGGACGUCAGGUCGGGGUUGGAUCCAUAAGGCAAAAUUCCCAAUGAAAUUUGUAGAGGGGACUUUAGAGACCGAUCUACACAUUACAUUUACUGUGUUAAUCAUGACAUAAAUGGCCAGGGUGCUAUACGUGCACCCAAUUUAAGGCACCAUAAAAUGGCAAUUCAGCCUAAAAAUGUUGCACAUAAAGAACAUUUUUUAUGGCUGAUUUGUGUGGUUCUUUACAUUAAAUAGCUGAUUAUCCAGCCUGGCUCCAGGACAGUGCUGGGUUGUGGGCCACUGUAGACUCGCUGAUGCAGAGGAAGCCCAGAAUCAUGAUCCUGGGCUUCCCUUUGCUGGCAAGUAGAAAGGGCACAACUGGGAAUUGAUUCCUGAUUCUACAUUUGUGCUUGCUGCCGUGCAUGUGUGGCAUGACAGGAGGCAUGAUUACAUCUCAUAGCGCCUGAACAUGUGCCAGGGACCUAAAUAUCCUCUUACAGUACUGGUAAUUGUUUUGACUAAGAUAUUAAAAUACUAAUUAGCUAAACUAAAGCUGGCUUGCUAUGGAUUUCGAUUCUCUCUCUUACAGAACAAUGAAGUAAUAUAAGUUUAAAAAUUAAAGAAUUAUACUAAUUUUUCCCCAAAUAUUACUUGCUUUCCAAAAGACCACAGACAACACUGGCUACUUCCUGCAGCAAGAGUUAUGUAAGUAUUUUAUUUAACAUCAUUUGCUUACUGUAUUAUAAAUCCAUAUAGUAGUCAAUACUCUAGUCAAUAUUUGAUUACAUAAGAACAUAAGAAUUGCCAUUUGCCAUUUCAGACCACAGGUCCAUGUAGCUCAGUCCUGUGGCAGAGAACAGAUGUUGAAAGGGUGAGGGAACUGGGUAUGACUAGGGGUGUUUUUCCCUACUGUUCCUCUCAUUUGCAGCUUCCUGCAUUUAAGGUGUAGGAAGUUCUGAUUUAAAGGUCAUACUCCUAACUCCCAGGCUUAAUAGCUACUUAUGCCGCUUUCCUCCAAGAAUUCAUCUGAUCGGUUUGAAUCUGGCUUAACUGUCAGCUUCCUCAACAUCUGGAGCAGCUUCCUCAACAAGUUCCACACCUAAAUUACAGGCUGUGUGAAUAAACUUCCUUUUGUUGAAGGCAAGCUUCUUUGGGCAGAUGUGAUAACUUGUAUUACACCACCUGAGCAGUUGGAAAAAAGUUCUUAGCAAGCUUUUGGGAACAAGCAUCCUUCUUCAGGCAUAGGGAGUCUCUGCUGUUCUGAUAUCUCCAAGGAAUAGAUUCAUAGAUGUUAGGGUCGGAAGGGACCUCAAUAGAUCAUCAAGUCCUGCAUAGGCAGGAAAGAGUGCUGGGUUCAGAUGACCCCAGCUAGAUGCUUAUCUAACCUUCUCUUGAAGACCCCCAGGGUAGGGGAGAGCACCACCUCCCUUGGGAGCCCGUUCCAGACCUUGGCCACUCGAACUGUGAAGAAGUUCUUCCUAAUGUCCAGUCUAAAUCUGUUCUCUGCUAGCUUGUGGCCAUUAUUUCUUGUAACCCCCAGGGACGCCUUGGUGAAUAAAACCUCACCAAUUCCUUUCUGUGCCCCCAUGAUGAACUUAUAGGCAGCCACAAGGUCGCCUCUCAACCUUCUCUUGCAGAGGCUAAAAAGGUUCAGGUUCUCUAGUCUCUCCUCGUAGGGCUUGGCCUGCAAGCCCUUAACCAUAUGAGUGGCCCUUCUCUGGACCCUCUCCAGGUUAUCCACAUCUCUCCUGAAGUGUGGUGCCCAGAAUUGCACGCAGUACUCCAACUGCGGUCUGAUCAGCACCCGAUAGAGGGGAAGUAUCACCUUGGAUCUAUUCGUCAUGCAUCUGCUGAUGCACGAUAAAUUGCCAUUGGCUUUUCUGAUGGCUUCGUCACACUGCCGACUCAUGUUCAUCUUGGAGUCCACUAGGACUCCAAGAUCCCUUUCCGCUUCCGUUCCACCAAGCAGGUCAUUUCCUAGGCAUGAAAGAAGCUGGUGCAGCUGAUGAGCAGGGGGUGGGAAGGGCCUGUCAGCCUUUGCUCUGCUGCUUCUUGAGCUCCACUCUGCCCUGCUGGCUUCUCCCACAGGGCCGUGUGGCUCGCCUGUGCCCUUCCGGCUGCACCAUUGGCCCAGCGCAGGCAUCACUGUCCAGCCCAGAGUGCGGAAAGUGGUGAGGGAUGCAGAGCAGAUGUCCUGCAGAGAGGCCGAGGGACCUGGGCUCGUGUAGGCUGAAGAGAAGGCUAAGGAGGGAUCUAAUAGCAACCCCCUGCAGGUAGCUGAAAGCUGCAAAGGAUGGAGCUGGACUGUUCUUAGUGGUAGCAGAUGACAGAACAAGGAGCCGUGGUCUCAAGCUGCAGCAAGGGAAGUUUAGCUUAGAGAUCAGGGAAAACUUUCUUACUAGGAGGGUCCUUAGUCCAACACAGCUACAACCAAAAAUCCUCUUGUGGAAGGCAUUACCUGCUGCUCUCCUUGCCGGGCCCAUCGUUCUUGUCUCGAGGGACAGUAAAUAAAUCCCUCCUGCCUUUCUUUUUUCCCUUUAGGAUUUUGUAAGUUCUCCCCGUGUGCGCCCUCGAGCCUCUUUUCUACAACUGCAGAGGUUUCUCCCUGCAUCCCUCUGCCCUCCGCACCCCUGCUCGGCCUUGCCGCCCUUCUCUGGACCUUCCCUCCUUCUGCACCAAUGCGCCCCUUGCUAGGGCAGCUCCUCUCCUCUCCCGCAGACCAUUGCUGUUCCGGGGACUUUCCUCUGCAGCUGCCCCUGGACAACACAGCAGGGCUUGCCACCCGGAGCACCAGGUCCCGCCGCCCCUCCUGCCCGAGGACCGCCGGGCUGGGCUGUGCCCGCCUGCACGCGCUUUGGAGGCGUGGCCUGCGGUGGGCGUGGCCAGGGGCCCCGCCCCGAGCACUGAUUGGGCAGCUGGGCCGAGGCCGCACGUGGAGCCGAGCGCGCAGAGAGGCGCUGUCAGCCGGCGCUGGCUGGUUGGCCGGCCGGGCGCUGCGCGGGGACGGGGACGGGGACCGGGACCGGGACAGGGAUGGGGCGGCCGCGCUGCUCCCGCGCCCGGCGGCUGCUGGCGCUGACUUCGGCGCUGGUGCUGGUGCAGCUGCGCGGGGCGGCGGAGCGGGCGCUGCUGGCGGGCGGCGGCGGGCGGGUGUCCUACACGGCGCGGGCGCGGGCCGGGGCGCGGCGCGGCGACGCCGUGUUCACCGUGCCCGACACCCGCUACCGCGACGCCGGCGCCUGGUUCGAGGUGGCGGCGCCCGCCUCGGCCCUGGGCGUGGAGCGCGGCUCGGGCCGCCUCCACCUCACCCGCGAGCUCCCGCCGGGCGGCAGCGCCGAGGUGCUGGUGCGGGUCCGCCGCCGCGGCGGGACAGAAGAUGACUGGUAUCUGUGUCAUGUGACAAUUCUUUCCCCAAAAGAAGAACUUCUAACUUGGGGUAUGUACCCAUAUCCCUAUCUGGCACGUGUUGAUCCUGAUGCUCGAAAAGGUACUGUGAUUUACCAGCUUGCUGCCUAUUGCACUAACAAAGAAAACUCCAGUACUGCGAUAACUUAUGCACUUAUUGCAGGUGGAGAAGACCGAUUUGAAGUGGAGAUGGACACAGGUUUUAUAGGGACCACUGGUUUACCUUUAACUCGGAACAAGGAAUACGUGGUCACUGUGCAGGCCACUGACGAAUUCGGCAACACAAGCCCUUAUAUCUCCAUUUCCAUCCUGGCUGGCUGCAGACCUCCCCAAUUUACUAAUAUGUCCUAUACUGUGUUUGUUCCUGAAAAUACUCCAAUGGGCGAAAACAUAGCUGUCAUUGAAGCUAUUUCUUUCCAGAGCCAGUCUCUUUCAUACACACUGCUGAUGAAUCCUAGUGGUCUGUUCAGCCUGAACCAGGAGAGUGGAGAACUUGGCUUGAUUCAUACAGUGGACUAUGAAAGCGAGCACCAUCUCUAUCAUUUAUUAGUGAAGGCAAUGGAAGUUGAGAGUACGCUUAGCAGUGUAACUGAGGUUAUGGUUUACAUUGCUGAUUACAAUGACUGUUUUCCAGCAUUCCAUGAAUCCAUUUAUAUCAGAGACAAUGUACUUGAAACCAUCCCUGUUGGCACAUCCUUGCUGCAAGUUCUUGCAACAGACUGUGAUUCUGGCUCCAACUCUGAGAUUUCUUACUUUAUUCAAAGUGCUGACUUUUCCAUCACGCCUCAGGGAGUCAUCAGUUCUAAGCAGCGGCUGGACUUUGAACGAGCAAGCCAUAUGUAUGAGUUUGUGGUAAUAGCUGUAGACAAAGGGCACCCUCCUCGGACUGGAACUGCAUCCGUGCGCAUUCGAAUGACCAAUGUAAAUGAUGAGGCACCCGUAUUCUCUCAGUCUGUCUACAAAACAUUCCUCUCAGAAGAUGCUGGUCCUAGUACAUUAGUGGCUACUGUACGUGCCAAGGAUCCUGAUGGAGAUGGGGUAUUUUACCUGAUUACUGGUGGCAAUGAAGAAGGUAACUUUGAACUGGAUAGCAAGAAAGGCGUCAUUAAACUUCAGAGAAAUCCUCUGCCCAAACUAAAAGGACCACAAUACAUAUUAAACAUCACAGCAAUAGACGACAACGCCUCUGGGGGCCCUACUCCACUCAGAAGCUUUGCAGAGGUUAUUGUAGGAAUUAAUGAUGUUAAUAACAACAGGCCUGUUUUCAGAGAGUGUACCUACUACAGUGAUAGCACCUGGGUACUAGAAAACCAGCCUCCAGGCACCUUUGUCCUGAAGGUAACAGCCUAUGAUGCAGAUCUUGGACUUAAUGGAGAAGUGAAAUAUGGGCUCAUGCACAGAGAUGGAGCUUCACCAGGCUUCAACAUUGAUCCAGAUACAGGAAUUAUCACAACCACUCAGAGUUUUGACCGAGAGAAGCAGAGAGAGUAUGCACUCUCUGUUACAGCUACAGAUCAAGCCCAGGAACCAUUGACUGGUGUGUGUCAGAUCACCAUCUUCAUUGCUGAUGUAAAUGACAAUGACCCCAAAUUUGAGAACAGUCGCUAUCAAUAUUUCCUCCGGGAGGACACACCAGCGGGCACAAGUUUCUUGCGUGCUGCAGCGCAUGAUGAUGAUCAAGGUGUGAAUGCUGCUAUCACAUACUCAGUGUUACACCAACAGCCUGAAUACUUCCAGAUUAACCCCAGCACAGGCUGUGUAUAUGUGAACCACUUAAUCUCCCAGACCUCUCGAAUCGUCCGGUACAUUGUAGCAACAGAUGGAGGCAACAGAAGCAGCACGGUGGAGUUGACUGUAACUAUCACUAAUUUACUCAGCCAGCCACCCCAUUGGGAGCAAAGCAGAUACUGGGUAACAAUCCCAGAGAGCACCACUCGGGACACCAAGAUAGUGACCAUCAAAGCCACAUCCCCUCUUGGUGAUCCAAGGGUUACUUAUAAUCUGGAGGAUGGUCAGGUUCCAGAGACUAACCUGCCCAUUCAUUUCUACCUGAAACCAGACCGAGAAAAUGGAACUGCUUCUCUCCUAGUCUCUGAGCCCCUGGACUUUGAGACAACUACAUUUUUCACAUUGAGAGUCAGGGCUAAAAAUAUAGCAAUGAUUCCUUUAGCCUCCUUCACCACUGUCUGUGUUAACAUCACAGAUGUUAAUGAUAAUGUUCCAUUCUUCACAUCUUCUACUUAUGAGGUGUUUGUACCUGAAGGGGCAAAUAUUGGCACAUCAGUUGCACAGGUUUUAGCUACUGACUUGGAUUCUGGGCUGCAUGGACAGGUUCAUUAUUUAAUAUUGAAAGAUGCUAGUGAAGAUUACCGGUUCUUCACCAUUGAUUCCAAGACAGGAGUUAUUUCCACCCAAGCAACUUUUGACAGAGAGAAGAGAGGAUCUUACUUUAUUGAAAUACAGUCUCAGGAUUCUUCAGAGUCUGCAAGACCUGGUAUUCUCAGCCAGCCCAACACAGAUACUACAUAUGUAAGGAUUUUUGUCAGUGAUGUAAAUGAUAAUGCUCCAGCUUUCCCUUAUUCAGUACAUGAAAUCAGUAUAGAUGAAGACAAGGAUGUUGGAUAUAUUGUUUUGACAGCAACAGCAAGUGAUGCAGAUGAAGGGGCAAAUGCCAAAAUAAGAUACCAGAUUACGUCAGGGAACACAAAAGGAGCUUUUGAUGUAGAACCUGAAGUGGGAACAAUCUUCAUUGCUGAACACCUUGACUAUGAGCAAGAGCAACGCUAUGAGCUCCAGCUUGUGGCUUCAGAUGGCAAGUGGGAGAACCACACACUCAUUGUCAUCAAUGUAAUCAAUAAUAAUGAUGAAGCUCCAGUCUUCAGACAGAAUGAGUACCAUGGCAAUGUCAAGGAGGAACUUUCAGAUCUGCCGAUAAUGGUUCUCAAGGUUUUGGCAACUGACCCUGAUCAAGAAGCUGACCAGAGUGCCCUCUGCUACACACUGCAUGGACAGGGGGCCAACAGCGAGUUCAGUAUUAAUGAGUACACGGGAGAGAUCCAUGCCAAUAAGAAGCUAGACCGUGAGAAGCAAUCCAUAUGGCGCUUUCUUGUUCUUGCUACAGAUGAAAAUGGGGAGGGUCUGACUGGCUUUACAGAUGUUAUCAUAGAAGUGAGUGAUGUGAAUGACAACCCACCUCUUUUUCUUUGCAUGUCAGAUGGCUGUUUUAUGGGUCAUGUUCCGGAAGGCUCCCCAGCAGACACUGCUGUAAUGGACAUGACUGCUAUAGACCUCGAUGACCCUAAAAUGGGAUUGAAUGCAGUGCUAACUUACAGAAUUACUCAAAAUGUCCAAAAUGAAAUAAACCUCAACUUGUUUUCAAUCAACCCAGAUACAGGCACAAUCUACACUGUGCUCGGAUCUCUAGACCGGGAGAAAGAAGACAAAUACCUUGUGGUAGUUGAAGCAAAAGAUGGUGGUGGACUUGCUGGGACAGGUACUGCCACCAUUUUGGUAUCUGAUAUCAAUGACCAUGCUCCAGUCUUUACACAAAGGCUGUACAUGGCUUUCGUCUCUGAGAAUACAAGUGUCAACACAAAGAUCACAGUGGUAUCUGCUAUGGACAGAGAUGAGGGAGAAAAUGCUGUGGUGAAUUUCAGUAUUCUUGAUGGAGAUGAUGAUGAUAAAUUUUCCAUAGAGACUGAUAAGAUCAACAGGCAUGGGACUAUUCGACUGAGGAAACAGAUAGACUUUGAGAAGCCUUAUGAGAAGGUGUUCAAUUUGACUCUGAAAGUUGAAGACGUGAACUUCUUCAGCACUGCUUACUGUGUGGUGUACGUGGAGGAUUCCAAUGACCAUGCACCUGCCUUUUAUCCCCAGUUCUGUGAAGUGGCUGCUCUUGCUGAGAAUGUAGCUCUUGGUACCAGAGUUGUCCAAGUUUCUGCUGUUGAUUUAGAUUCUGGACUCAAUGGAAGGUUCUCUUAUCACUUGUUAGACAGUUCUGACCCAAGUGGGCAAUUCUCCGUGAAUUAUGAUGGUUGGGUUGUGGUUGAAGGAUUGCUGGAUCAUGAGGCCAUGCCACAGUACCACCUUGUAAUCACUGCCACUGAUAUGGGACAGCCUGCACUGACUGGCAGUGCCACUGUCUUUGUGGCUUUGCAGGAUGUAAAUGACAAUGAGCCAGAGUUUGAGGCCCAAUACAACCCAGUGAUUUGGGAAAACACUGCUCCUCCACAAAUUGUCCAAAUGAAUGAAACUUCCACCUUGUUAUAUGCUAAAGACAGAGACACUGCAACUAAUGGACCACCUUUCUCCUUUCACCUACUCAAUGAUUUAGGCAGCGUAGAUCUCUUUAACUUGCACGAUUUCCACAAUGGAAGCGCUUUGCUUACUGCAUUGCGUACCUUUGACAGAGAAGAACAGAAAGUGUUUUACCUUCCAAUCCUGAUCACAGACAGUGGGGCCCCACCUAUGAGCUCAACCAACACACUAGCAAUUAAUAUUGGGGACCAAAAUGAUCAUCCUCAUUCUGCUGGCCAUGUGGAAUUCCUCAUUUACAGCUAUAACGGUAACCUACCCACAAUAGUGCUGGGCCAGAUCAGUGCACCAGAUGAAGAUGACUGGGAUCACAAAACGUAUCACUUUGAAGAAAAAACAUCAAGGUACUUUAUCCUUGAUGAUAACUCAGGGUUGCUGAGUAUUGAAGAAGGUAUCCCAGUAGGAACAUACAAUGUAAGAGUGAAAGUUACUGAUGACAUCUGGCCAGAUGUGGUCUCAACAGUACGGGUGGUUGUAAAUGAGAUCAAAGAUGAGUCUUUCCAUAAUGCUGGAUCUAUACGAAUACAAGGUAUCACUGCAGAGGACUUUAUAUCUCAGUAUUCUGGGACAGAGAGUAAAUACAACCAGAUGAAGAAGUUUCUUUCAGAAAUCAUCCCGGCCCAACUUGAAAACAUUCAUAUUUUUAGUGUCUUGAAUGUCCCAGGUCAAACCCAGGGGGUUGAUGUUUGGUUUGCAUUUUGUGGGCCAUCAUAUUAUAAAGCAGAGAAACUUAAUGGUUAUGUGGCAGUGUUUAAAGCACAGCUGCAAAACAUCUUGAACGUGAACAUCACACAGGUUGGUGUAGAUGAGUGCAAGACUGCGAAUUGCACUCGCAGCACUGGCUGUGUCAGCACAUACAAUUACAGCCGUGUACCCACCAUCACUACUGCUGGAAAUAUCUCGCUGGUGUCUAUUACAGUCCUGACUAGUGCCUUGUGCAUCUGCGCUGCUCGGGAGAGCCAGCAUCUCUCUUGUUCUGCAUACUGGACAAACCCAUGCUUUAAUGGUGGCACAUGUAUAGACACUGACUUGGGUUACAGAUGUAAAUGCCCUCCAAAUUUCCAUGGACCUGAAUGCCAGCAGACAAAACAUACUUUCAGAGGGCAUGGUUAUGCCUGGUUCCCUCCCAUUAAGCCUUGCUUUGACAGCCGUAUCUCUUUGGAGUUCAUUACUGAAGUGGCAGAUGGCCUUCUGUUGUACAAUGGACCAGUAGCAAAUGUGCAAUCUGGAGAAAUGGAGGAUUUCAUUGCAUUAGAGCUCUCUGGUGGUGUCCCAUCGCUAACUCUGAGUCAUGGCUCUGGGGUGCUUUUCCUGCAGCUGUCAAAGAAAGUUAAUGUUGCAGAUCGUCGCUGGCAUAAUAUAAAAGUUUUAAGCGAUGGAAAGAAAGUGCAGCUGAUUCUUGACCACUGCAUAAAUGUUACACUUGAAGACAAGGACAAUGAUCUUAAGGAGAUCUCUCAGAUAGAUUCAUCAGCCUGUGAAGUUUCAGAAGAGACUCCAGGAACUGCAAGAUUUCUCAGUGUUCACCAACCCCUACAGCUGGGUGGAGUUAAGAGUUUGUCCCAUGAUUUACAAAGGCACUUCAAAGGAUUUGUUGGCUGUAUACGGAAUGUCAUCAUUGACAGCAAGGUGUAUGAUUUGGAGAACCCUGCAGAGUCUUUAAACAGUGCUCCUGGCUGUGCUCUGACUGAUGGAAUGUGUCAAAGGGCUGGGGCACUGUCCUGUGGUGUUCAUGGCAAGUGUAUUGAUGAAUGGGAAUCAUUUACUUGUGACUGUUACCCUGGAUAUGCUGGGCCAAAAUGUGAUCAAGUUCUCCCAGAGUGGGCAUUUGGACGGGACAGCUGGAUUCAUUAUGAUCUGAAAAACAUUCUUAGCGCUCACACCACCCAGAUCCAACUCAUGGUGCGCACCCGGAUUGCCUUCAGCACCCUUCUCAGUAUGGCAUCCACACAUGGAAAUGGAUACAUCAGACUAGAGAUGGUGGAUGGACGUUUUGGUGUUAACUUCAACUUGGGGGACAAAGAACACUCUCUGAGGCUGAACACAUUACGCAUAAACAAUGGCCAGUGGGUUUUGCUGACCAUGGAGCGCUAUAACAAUGAAUUUACCUUGCGUGUUAACAAUGGUGGAGGGGAUCAUGAAGUGACUGCAUUCGUGGGUACAGACAAAUGGUUUCAGAUGGAUCUGGCAAGUGUUGUGCUAGGAAACCGCCUUCCCAACCACUCAGAAAGUGAUUUCCAAGGCUGCCUUUGUGAUGCCCAAUUGAAUGGUUAUCCUCUUCUUGUCGAUGGCAAAAGUACAGAGUUUGGCUUAAUUCUGAAGCGCCGAGGCGUCACCAUUGGUUGUCAUUCCAAUGCCUGCAGUACUCAGCCCUGUUACAGUCCUUUGCAUUGUGUAGAUUUGUGGAGAAAGUAUGAGUGCAGGUGCCCGGCUGGCAAAGUACAGGUGACAGAUAACCUUACGGGGCUCAAACGCUGUGCCACUUCACCCUGUGGGCACUGGACUUGUAGGAAUGGGGGAACCUGUGUGGCACAGUCCCAAGACAAAGCUGUCUGUCGAUGUCCUGAGGGUUACAAAGGACGAUGGUGUGAAAUCAGCCAAGUGAAAGCAGGAAGACCAGUGGGACUCAGUUCUGGCUCAAUUCUGGCAAUCAGCAUGUGUCUCCUUGUCUUCUUAGCUCUGUUGGUCUCCUAUACAGUGUGGAGUCAAUGGGGGACAUCAGGGUUUCGGAAAGGAGGAAUUUACCACAUUCGUGAAACUCAUGAAAGCUGGGAGGAUGUUAGAGAAAAUGUCUUCAAUUAUAAUGAGGAAGGAGGUGGAGAACAUGACCAGAAUACUUAUGAUAUAGAUGAAUUAAAGAAACCUCUGCAAAACAGCCCCCAGUUCUCCUCAGGAACUGAUGCUCCACACUUCAGAACCCAUACUGGUCCAGAGAAACGUUCACUUCAAGAACGACCACAUAGAAAACAAUCUCGUUCUGUAGAUGCCAAUAUUCCAGACCUCAGGGAAUACAUCUCUCAAAUAGUGUGGGAUGCAGAUCACAAUCUAGACAGUCUUCCAGCAGACACUGUUCAUUUUUACUGCUUAGAAGGGCAGUGUUCUCCAGCAGGGAGCCUUAGUUCUUUAGAUUCCGCUAAUGUUGAUGAAGAUCUAAAUUAUGAUUACAUCCAAAAGUGGGGAACAAAUUUUGACAAGUUGAAAGAACUCUAUAAGCACUCAAAUCAGUGCUCAUAGAUGGAAACAGGAACCCCUUGCACUGCUGUGAAAUGAACUUUACUCAGUAUUUUACAAGAUACUGAAGUGUCUCAAAGCCAGUUAAAUACCUUAUUGACACAAGCCCUUAGUACAGAAUUAAUAUAAUAUGAAUUGCUCACCCUUCCCAUCAGUGAUAAUCUGAAUACAGAAUCUCUUUAUAUGAACUGUAUAAAUCACUAUUUAAAGGUAGAAAUGUAAAGGUUUUUAAUAUGUGAGCUUUCUUAAAAACUUUGAAACAUAGGACUUUCAUAGAACAGGAAUAGCUUUUUAUGAAACACCUUUUUUAUUAUGUAGGCUGAAAUGAAUUACUAUAAUUUAAAUGCUUGCAUGCAGGACACUUAUUUUAUUCCCCCUAAUAUUAAACUGAUUCCUACCAAGUUGAUCCUCACAGGUGGAGGAGCCUCUUUUUACAUAAAACUGUUUAUUUUGGGAUGUAAAAUCAUAGCUAGAUUCAAAGUGUUAAAUAAAAUGUUUCUUUUGUCAAUAA